GGGCGGGGCGUUGCUAAGGAAGGGCGAGGUUUGGUUGAACCGGGCUACCAGCGGCAGGCAGUGUACUCAGUCCAGCAGGUGAAACCGGCGGCGUAGGAUUACUCUUUUUCCCGGUGGACGUUACAUUUUAUAAAUCGACGCGUAUAUUUGGAACAUAUAUUUACAUCCGGUGUGAUCGCGCCCCCUGUGAUCGUGAAUACGGAUAGGCCGAACUCUGCUAAUUUUACUGAACAGUCACAAGAGCUGAAGCUGUGCCGAGCUCUGUGAGGCAUAGUGAGACCUCCAUGCUGCCCACUGAGCCGGGCUUCAGCACGCUGACAGAUCGCAGGCGUCACACCCUCACACUCCGCUGCACAAUUAUGGCGCAGUCCUGGAGCAGGCUUCUGAGAUGACACCAAGCAGACGUAGCAAUACUCUGACUUCAGUGACGACAAAAGCCAAAAAGAGGAGGCUGAGUCAUGAAUAAGCUACGGCAGAGCUUCCGCCGCAAGAAAGACGUGUAUGUGCCCGAGUCCAGCAGACCGCACCAGUGGCAGACCGACGAGGAGGCAGUGCGUAGCGGCAAGUGCAGCUUCCAGGUCAAGUAUCUAGGCCAUGUGGAGGUGGAAGAGUCUCGUGGCAUGCAUAUCUGUGAAGAUGCAGUGAAGAGGCUAAAAACGGACAGAAAGUUCUUCAAGGGCUUCUUUACCAAAGCAGGGAAGAAAGCGGUCAGGGCUGUGUUGUGGGUAUCUGCUGAUGGCCUGAGGGUCGUUGAUGACAAGACCAAGGAUCUGAUCCUUGACCAGACAAUAGAGAAAGUUUCGUUUUGUGCUCCUGACCGAAACUUCGAAAGGGCCUUCUCUUACAUCUGCAGAGAUGGUACUACUCGGCGCUGGAUCUGCCACUGCUUCAUGGCCAUCAAAGAUUCAGGUGAGCGACUGAGCCAUGCAGUCGGCUGUGCAUUCGCAGCAUGCCUGGAGCGAAAACAGAAGCGAGAGAAGGAAUGCGGGGUCACGGCCACUUUCGACGCCAACCGCACCACGUUUACACGGGAAGGCUCCUUCCGCGUUACCACAGCAACAGAACAGGCUGAACGGGAGGAAGUCAUGCGGCAAUUACAAGAUGCCAAGAAAGACUCUGAGACUGCCGGAGGAACCGCAGGUAUCACAGCGAACCCAGCUGCUGUCUCAUCUCCCUCGUCAUCCCCCCCUCAGCCCAUGGCUACACUGGGACCUCAGGAACCCAAUCCCCAUGCGAUCCCUCGCCGGCAUGCCCCUGUUGAUGUGCUAGCACGCCAAGGCUCAUUCCGCGGCUUCCCAGCUCUCAGCCAGAAGACAUCGCCUUUCAAACGGCAGAUGUCUCUGCGCAUGAAUGACUUGCCCUCCACCAUGCAGCGCAAAUCCGACUUCCCGAUCAAAAACCCAGUGGCAGAGGUAGAAGGUGAAGGAGAUAGCAUCAGCUCCCUGUGCACUCAGAUCACAUCAGCAUUCAGUGGCCCCACAGAGGACCCCUUCUCCUUGGUUCCCAUGCCCAAACCUGCCUCCUCCCCACAAUCCCCUGCUGCACAAGGUUCAGUUCCCGUGUCUGUUGCUGUAGUGAACGGCUCUGGCCCUACCUUCCCACCUCCUCCUGUCAUCACAACCUCUGCCACUGCUGUCGUUAUCCCUCCCACUCUGCCACCACCUCUACCUGCCAGAGAGACUAACCCCUGGGCCAAGGUCUCCACUGCACCACCAGCUCCAGCACAUCCUGGAGGUGACUGGCCCAGUCCUACCCCUGCAGCAAUAGCUCCACUUGCAGCAGUCAGUGCCUCCCAUAAGCGUACACCAUCCGAGGCAGACCGCUGGUUGGAAGAGGUGUCCAAGUCUGUAGGAGUGCAGCCAUCUGUAGCCAGAACAGCUACUCCUCCCAUUCAGCAGCCCUUCCCCACACCCAUGCCUGUCCCUGUGGCCCCAGUGGCCUUCAUUCCUGCCAUGCCCUCUGCAGUGCCCACCUUACCUCCACACCAGCCUUCGUUCCAUUCUCAAGCACCAGCUUCUUACCCAAUGUCCAACGGGCUCCCCUACGUCCAGCCUAGUGUAACAGUAGUGGGCAUUACACCUUCUCAGAUGGUGGCCAACGUGUUUGGUUCUGCUACGCACACCCAGCCGGUACCGGUUCCUGUGCCCAUUCCCCAAACACAGUUGCAGUCUUCGCCGUUUUCUACUCCGCCUUUGCCACAUUUGGAUCCCAGGGGAGUUAGCGGACCCUUUGGCAAACCUCCUGCACCCCCUCGGGCAAAUCCCUCAGCAUUUCAGCCCCCUAACGGAAGCGCUACAUUAAAUGGCACUGAUAGCUGGUCUGCACCCCCUAUGGCAGCAGAGCAAAAAGCUGAUGCUUUUGAGGCUCAGUGGGCAGCGCUAGAAAACCGCUCACGCCAACGCACCAACCCCUCCCCUACAAACCCUUUUUCCAGUGAGCUUCACAAGACCUUCGAGAUCCAACUGUAAACACAUACUUAAGGUGUUGGUGAAAGACCAAAACUAGCAUGAACCCAUGAAGGAGGUGCCUGAAGGGUGGUGAGGACAUGAAACGUGAGGGAGCCCUUUUGACAUGCACACCACAUUAACCCCAUAUCUAUCUCUCUGUCUUGUUCCCUUGCUGUGUGUCUGAAUGUCCGUAGUGUUAACUGUGAGCUGGGCAGAAGACACAGGAGUGUGAGAUGAAAUGACUUCAGGGCAGUUUGGAGGCAAUAUGGUGAUGCUCAGUGACUGUUUUCAUUCUGUUUCUUGUGAAGUUGCAUCCAUAUUUCAGAUGCAUUUGGGUAAAGAGGCAACACUGCCUCUGGGCCUUAAUAAAACAGACUAACAUUUAUAUCCUCACAGUACAAUUAUACAUGAAUAUUAUCUCAGUCCUGCCUCUGUGCCCAACAGUCCCACUCCCAGUCUCCUCUAACCACCGGGAUGAACAUCUGCUCCUCCCGUCACAAUCACAGAAGGACAAUGCUUCCAGAUUUGGGAAGUUUUCCAAAACUUCCUAAUCAGAAGAUGAAGAAACGAGAGAAUGCCAAAAUCUUUAUUUUUAUGCAUUAAGUAUAUUUUAAAUAGUUUUGAAAUAUAACAAAAGAAGUCUAAUAUCUUGCCAAAGGUGCAGGUUAGAUACAAGAAAUGAUUUUGUGUGUAUACAGCAAAUGGGCAUUUAUUAUUAUAUAGAUAUAUCUAUAGAAAAUGAAUAUAUAUAUAUAUAUUAAUUAUACAUUGAGCUCAAACCAUAACUUUUACAGAUUCUAUGAAGACAGAGAGAAGGGAUGGAUUGUUUUUUUUUUUGUUUUGUUUUUAUCAUUGUGAUGUCUAGCAUCCUGUUUUGGAUGUGUAUUCAUUUGUAAAUAAUGAAUCAUUGCAGCUACAAUCAUUUGGUCUCAGUGAUGGGACGGGGGAUUUACCAUGGCUUUCACUCUUGCUCUGUCUUUUUAUUUUGUACUACAGUACUGUACUUUUAUUUUAUUCCCCCACACUUCCUAUAUCUUAAUGAAUGUUUUAGGGCUUCGAGGGACUUUUAAGAUGAAUUCUAACACUAUUGACCUUCAUUGUCAGCCACUUGUUUUUAUUUUUUAUUUUUAAACAAAAAUGUUUCUUUUAUAUUGCACAAGCACUAUGCUGGGUGGUUGGGUUAUUCAGGUGAGAUGGGUCAGCUAGCUGCAUUGUAGAAAACCUGAGUUUUAGUAAAACUCUUCCUCAUUUGACCUGUGAUUUUUAAAUAUCGCUUGCAGAGAGUUAGUCAGAUUUUUUUUUUUUCCUGUUAUUUUUGCCCAGCUCUGUUUUAUCAAACCUGUGAAAACAGUUGGUUCAUUGUUUUAUUUUUGUUCUCAUUUUGUAAGUAUUUCAUUAUUUUAUUCCACUUCUGUCUGAAGAAAUAGAUCUAAAAGAUUGAAUAAAAUGAUGGUGGUAGAGGAGGCUUGUGAA